AUGAUCAACACACUAAGGAAAAAAUGUGGAAUGGCAUGUAGUUCAUUUCAUCUAUUUGAUGACAAUGAUAAGAUUGUUAUUCCUAUAGAUGCUGAUAAGUUUAAAUUGACCUUAGCCGGAUGGAUGCAAUAUAAAAUAAAAAAGACAACAUCAAAACCAACUAUAAAAUACAUUCAUUUUUAUGCAUCAAACGAGCCUGAUCCUAUUACUAAGCAAAUUUUAGAUGAAUUCUCAGAGCAGCAUCAAUUCAGCAUAGAAUAUGUUCACCACCAAGAUAUAAAUAGUACAAAAGAACUCUAUGAUAUGUAUAUAGAACAAGCCGAUUUAAAUAAUUUUAAUAAAAUUGCGAUUUCUGAUACAAUUGAAGCUAUUAACUGUUCGAUACUCUCAAAAAUGUGUGAUGCUGGUGUGUUUGAUGGUCCUGAUCCAAAACAAGAAAUUUCAAUUAAAAAUGAAGAAAAAUUAUACAUAAUACGUCCAUUUUGCUACUGUCUUGAGAGAGAUAUUGAUAAUUACAUGAAGAAAAACAAUUUGAAAUCCCAUCUCGGAGGAAUUUUUGUUACCCCAACAAAAUCUUUUGAAGCAAGUCGUGAUGCUUUAGAAACUCUUAAUUCAGAGUCAACAAAUAUUCACAUUAACUUCUUUAGUUCCCAAUUUCAAGUCGAUUCUUUAUAUAUAGGAGAUGGCGAUGGAAAAGCUCAUGAAAUAGAUGAUAUUUAG